AUGCAUUCAAUCGCCAGGACCGCCAGAGCAACCAGGACCGGAUGGAAAGAUGGACCGGAAGGAGAUCUAGGAGUGCCAGGAAAUGUAGGAGUUCGAGGAUUCGGAGGACCGAACCAAAAGGACCAAAGGGCUAGCCCGGGACACGAGGAGUGCAAGGGUGAAAAAGGGGAGCAAGGGGCAACGGGACCACCGGGAAGAGGAGGAUAA